AUGGCUGUCGAAUCAGAGGGUUUUACUGAGAGAAACGAAGGUAAAACCCAAUGGCUGUCGAAUCAGAGGAAGUUCACCAUGAAUCAUCUGAAGAAUACAACUCUGAAGAAUACGAAGAUGAUGAGGAGUUCUGAUUAUGAAGAUAAUGAAGCCGAUGAAGACAAUGACGUUGCUGAUGAAGAUAAAGAAGGGUUUGGGUCAGAAGAGGAAAUCGAUGACACAGCAGGGGCUAAUGAUCUUCAUUUGGGAGAUGCAGUUGGUUCAAGCUUCCCCAUUCACGAUCCAUCAGCUAAGUGGAAUAAGAUGAAGCCCCUUCUUGGUGAAAGGUAUGAAUCACCACAUCAGUUGCAACAAUGUCUCACUAAUUAUGCUAUUAAGUCAGGGUAUAACAUUAAAUUUGCGAAGUGUGACACUGUGAGAUUAAUUGCCAAAUGUGGUUCUAAGAUGAAGUCUCAACCUUGUCCAUUCAGAGUUCAUGCUUCCUGGAUGACUCAAGAAAGGAAGACCUAUACUGGAGUGGAGCUCAAGAAUAUGUUAUGGGCAGCUUCCUUUUCAACUGUAGAGAGUGAAUUUCUGAGGAAAAUGGAUGAUAUCAAAGAGGAAGAGGAGUAUCCACCUCAGACUGAGAUACAAGAUGGGGCUAAAGAAAUUAUCCCUAAGACACAACCAGAACAACCAGAAACUAAAGAAGAAGAAGAAGACAUUAAUGACACCCAGGAAUUACCAGUACACCUUAGGAUUGUGAAAAGAAGAAAGCCCUCUGAGAGGAUUGUUAAAACCAAGCUGAAGAAGAUGCGAUGUGUUGGGACUUCUACAAAUUCAACAUUGGAGUUGGAUUAUGGUGUUAGGGUGUUAAGGGUAGUAAGGGUAUUAAGGGUAUUUUGGUACAUCUUUUGUGAAUGCUACUUUUGUACAUCUUCUGUGUAUGCCCUUAAAUUACUGAUAGCCAUAUUUUGUGUACAUCUUUUGUACAUCUUUUGUAAACACAUUGAAACAUUGUGA